UCCAGUUCCAGAACAUGCAUGCGCCGACCUUCUCGGAGACUGAGAACCCCACAGCGGUACUGGAAUGGAUCAAGGAGCUGGAUAAGAUUUUCGUUGUGCUCCCUCUCUCGGACCGACAACAUGUAUCUCUCGCAGCUUAUCAGACGAAGGAGGAUGCUUUCGACUGGCGGAUUGACCACUGGGCUCGGAGGCCUGAGGCGGAGCUUAAUGCUUUUAUUUGGGAGCAGAUGAAAGUGAUGGUGCGUGGCAAGUUCCUUCACCAGAGUUUUUGGGAUCGGAUGGAGCAUAAGUUCUACCAUCUGCAACAGGGCAACUCCACCGUGGAUGAGUAUAUUCGCACUUUCCCCCAGAUGUGUCUUUUUGCUGGCGACUCAGUGAAUACUGAUGCCAAGAAGGCCUGCAAGUUUCUCAAGGGGCUCAAUCAGAGGAUCCAUGAAUUGGUGGGGAUCCACGGACUGAUGUCUUACGCCGACACUGUGAGUCGGGAUCAGGAGGUGGAGAGCUGUCUCAUACAGAUAGCUCCAAUUUCUUCAUAUUAUCAUGCCUACCAGCCUUCUCAGACCGUUGUUCAGCAUGCUCAGCCCAUCUCAUCUGUGUCGCCCAGCUCUAGUCCGGGCAAGAGAAAGUCCAAUUUCCAGAACAAGAAGAAAGAAAAGAAAGGGAAUUUUGGGAAGCGUGACAACCGUCCCACCAGCAACCAAGGCUGCCCGAGAUGCGGCAAAUCCCAUAGCGGCGAGUGCUUCGCGAACCAGCGCACUUACUUCAACUGCAACUGCCCGGGUCACUAUGCCAAUAUCUGCCGUGAGCUGAAGAGACAGCAGCAGCAGCAGCCGCCCUACCCUCAGCAGCAGCAGCAGCUUCCCACACCGCCACCACACCAGCAGCAGCAGCCCCCACCGUUCCAGCAGAGGGCUGGGGGUCAGGCCCGAGUCUAUACCAUUACCCACGAUGAGGCUUCCCGCAACACAGGUACUAUGUCCGGAAUGCUUUCUAUCUCCAACAUACCUGUCUUUGUGUUGUGUGAUACCGGUGCUACCCAUUAUUUUAUCUCUUCUCGUUGCUUGGAGGCCUUAUCUAUUAGUACUAUGAAUUCUUGUGAUCCUCUCGAGAUUAGUCUAGCCUCGGGGAAAAUUAUCAUCUCCGAUUCCUUGGUUCGUGAUCUUCCUGUUUCUAUUGGCGGACGAGUUCUGAUU